CACACUUAGGUUUCUUCGAACAUCUCAUUACAACAAGAACGAAGACGAAAAGCAAGACUUCGACGAUAGAGAUGAAGAAAAGCAACUCCGACACUCCAAAACCCUCGUCUUCAAGAAGGGCAGGUCUACGAUCUAGAUCAAAGCACAAACAAAAAGCAGGUGUUGGGAUUGUAGACGAUGACUUCAUCAACCCACCAAAUAAUCCUGCCGGUGAGGAAACAUCAAUGCGUACAAGGGAUGAAGAAAAUGAACAGACCACAUUAAGGAUGAAGAAGAAAAGGAAGGUUGUGAAAAGAAAAUAUGUGAGCUACAACAGUGACGAUGACUACGUCGAACCACCAAAUAAUCCUGCCGGCGAGGAAACCUCAAAGCGUAGGAGGGAUGAAGAAAAUGAACAAACCACAAAAGAAAGGAAGAAGAUGAAAAAGAAAGAAUGGGUUAGACUAGCUGGUUUUGGAGGUCUUUUAAAUUUUGGAUUAAAGGAACUGCCUCAUAUGUUGGGGUACCAGAUUCUGCAAUCGUUUGACAGUGAAUCCGUUGCGCUUAAUCUUCCCAGAGGAUCAAUAAGUAUCACAGAGGAAGAUGUACAUCAAGUUAUGGGAUUACCUCUUGGCAUGAAGGUUAUACCAGACUCCAGUACUGGGAAGUCAUCAUUGGUAGAUGCUUGGAGGGAUCAAUUCAAAGACAGAUAUGGUUGGAAAAUUACUCCAGGGGCUGUGGCUGACAAACUGAAGCAGACUUCUGAUGUUAACCUUUUUUUCAAACUGAAUUUCUUGGUUCUCGUUCACAACAUCAUGAUCCAGUCGUUUAGCAAUCCGUAUGUCAACCAACGGAUUCUAGUACUUGGUGAAAAUGUUGAUCAGUGCUGUUCAUACAAUUGGUGUUCUUUUUUGAUUGACUCUAUGAUAGAAAGCCAACACAAGUGGAAGGUUGACCCGACAAAACAAUUCUACACUGGUCCUCUUGUAUUCUUGAUUCUGUUCUAUGCCGAUCGGGUUCUGUUCAAAGGGAGAAGAUUGGUUGAGAGAACAACCCCUACUUUUAUAGGCUGGACUGACUGGGCCUUGAAGGAAAGACAGUCAGAGGAAAUUAGUACAAAUUCAUUUGGCAAAGGUGCAAUUACAGAGAGGGUUGAACUUGCACCUUCAUCUCUUCCUACUGGAAACUCACCUAAAAGUGUUGAUACAAUUAGAAAGGUUAGCCAAUUAAGUUGCAAGUCUUUGUUUAUUCAAUUUAAUCUCAAAUACAGUAGGAGUGAAUCUCUAUUCACUUAAACUGAAUUUCAAUUUAUUGGUGUCGCGAUUCAGUAGGAGUG